CUCAAUUCAUGCACUGUUUUGUCACUGUUUUGUAAAUUCAGUCAAUCUAUGAGUCCAUCAAAUAAUGUCUAUUUUUAAUCAUUUGUAACAUAUUUUUGAAUUAUUUCAAACUAAUUCAAUAAUAUUUAAAAUGUUUUUUCAACUAAUUUAUAAUCUGUACAAACGUUUCCCAUAAGAAAGUAAUCAAACAAAUUGAGACAAAAUGUCGAGACAUCGAGGGGUGAAGAAUAUGAAUUACAGCGAAGAGUAUGACGAGUAUUACAACACUUACGGCCAAUCACUGGAGGAAGACAUCUGUAUUUCGCCCAAUACUGAGCGUCAGUUUAUGUACAACCGGUCACAACCAUCACAUGACUCCUCGGAUCUCAUGAACACGAGUGUCACUGAAGAGGACGACGACGCGGAACAGGAUUUGGAUUAUUAUCGCAAUCUCUCAGAUAUGGACCAAAUAGAGAGAGUUAAACUCAUCUCAUGUGUCGAAGAGAUGGAGAAUGUGGUCGGAGAGACAAUACCCGAGUCACUGCUUAUAAGAGCCGCC